UAUUCUCGAAUCUUUGAUCAUCGUUUUCACUGUCUCCUCCCUUUGUCUCUAUGCCUUUUUGUUCAAAGAUGGAUCUUUUUUGUUUUUGUAUUUCUUCCUCUGCUUCGGUUCUUGAUCGAGUAGAUUGAAUUGAUUUCAGCUCUUUCGUUUGAUUAUACUACGCAAAGCAAAUAAGUUUCCCCACACCUGCAUUCUCAGUCCGAGGUUUUGCUGAUGAAAAGAGAAUCUUUUGUUGAAGUAUUUCUUGCGGAUGGCUGAGGGCAGCAGAAGAUACGUUUCGAACCAACCGUUAGACAUUUCACAGAUACUAUUGGAAGCACAACAUCGUUGGCUUCGUCCAAGUGAAGUUUGUGAAAUCCUUAGCAACUAUCAAAAGUUUCAGUUGACACCAGAUCCACCUUACAAGCCUCCAGGUGGUUCUUUGUUCCUAUUUGAUAGAAAGGCACUUCGAUAUUUUCGCAAAGAUGGCCACCAAUGGAGAAAGAAGAAAGAUGGAAAAACUGUCCGUGAAGCCCAUGAAAAACUAAAGGCUGGCAGUGUAGAUGUCCUUCAUUGCUACUAUGCCCACGGUGAGGACAACGAGAAUUUCCAGAGACGGAGUUAUUGGAUGCUUGAUGGGAAAUUAGAGCACAUUGUUCUUGUGCAUUACAGAGAGGUGAAAGAGGGGAAUAGGUCUGGCACUCCGCGUUUGUUAAAUGCAGAUUCAGCCCCACAGCCUGGCUCAGCACCUUCCUCAACACAGACCAAUUCUUGUGCCCUUACAGUUCAGGCAUCAUAUGCUUCAAGCCCAAGUACAGCUCAUUGGAAUGGACAGACACCAUUGUCAGAAUUUGAGGAUGUUGAUUCUGGGGAUGAUUUGGGAACCUCUUCUCUUGCCGAAGCCGUCUCCUGUUCUGAACCUCAGAAUGUUUCUGAUACCACAGGGUUGCCGGAACUACCAAAGAAUUAUCUUGCCGCUGGUUUGUCUGGAUCUAGUUUUGGUCAUCAAAGUAGCUCAUCCAUGUGGACUGGCCUUCAGAGCUCAGACAGAAACACUCUUAGCAUGCAGGAGCAGAGCUUCUACUUUGACCAGCUCAAUGAUGCUGACAUUAUAACUAGAAAAUUGACGGAUGCUAAGUUGGAUACGUAUUGCUCGAUCAAAGAUAACCUAGCUGGUGAUUAUAGUGCAUUCCCUGAUAGAAAUUUCCCGACAUUAAUCAGGGAAGCUCAAAGAACAGCUCAGUUGCAGGGACAUCAGAAAAAUAUGAAUGCUGGGUGUGAAGAUUAUCUUUCAUCUGACAAGGGUGCUCCAGCUGAUGCAAAUAAUGUAUUCCGAGUCCCACAUAAGCAUGAUUUGCAUUUAGUGCAUCCCCGGUUUCAGAAUAACCCUGGGUCUUGUAUGACAGUUGCAGCUAAUGAACUAUCCUUAGGAUUUGAGAACAAUGCCCCAAUUGAUGGUUCUUGUGAUGAUAAGUCUGGAGAGUUGAAGAAACUUGACAGUUUUGGGAGAUGGAUGGAUAAAGAAAUUGGUGGGGAUUGUGAUGACUCUUUGAUGGCUUCAGACUCUGGUAACUAUUGGAAGUCUCUUGACACUCAGAAUGAUGACAAGGAAGUUUCCAGUCUAUCACGCCACAUACAAUUGGAUAUUGAUUCUCUUGGCCCAUCACUUUCUCAAGAGCAGCUAUUUAGCAUUUGUGAUUUUUCUCCGGAUUGGGCUUAUUCAGGUGUUAAAACAAAGGUUCUGGUCACAGGUAAAUUUAUGGGAGAUGUUAAGCCUCAUGGUAGCACAAAAUGGUGCUGUAUGUUUGGUGAAGUUGAGGUUUCAGCUGAAGUCUUAACAUAUAAUGUUCUUCGAUGUCAAACUCCUUUGCAUGCUCCCGGACGUGUUCCAUUUUAUGUCACCUGCAGUAAUAGAUUGGCCUGCAGUGAGGUACGGGAGUUUGAAUUUCAUGAAACUCCACCUGGAGUUCCAUUCUCUAUAGCUGCUAAAAGUGAACCACAAGAUGAAAUGCAGUUUCAAAUACGCUUUGCAAAAAUGUUACAUCUAGGGUCAGAGAGGAAAUGGUUGGAUUGCUCCCUUGAGAAAUGUGAUAAAUGCAGCCUAAAGAAUGAUUUAUUUUCGAUGAGAACUGAUGACGAAAAAGAGUGGGGACAGAUUGUAAAGGCUUCCCUGGCCUUUGAAGGAACUCAAGAAAAUCCUCAAGAAGCAUUGAUUCAGAAGUUGCUAAAGGACAGAUUGCAUGAGUGGCUGGUAUGUAAAGUUCAUGAAGGGGGGAAAGGACCAAAUUUAUUGGAUGAUGAAGGACAAUGUGUAAUUCACCUGGCAGCUGCUCUUGGUUAUGACUGGGCCAUUGGUCCAAUAGUUGCUGCUGGCAUCAAUACUAAUUUCAGAGAUGCAUGUGGAAGAACAGGGCUUCACUGGGCAGCUUAUUUUGGGAGAGAAGAAACAGUUGUUGCACUUGUUAAAUUGGGUGCAGCACCUGGUGCAUUGGAGGACCCAACACCAAAAUUUCCAGGGGGACGAACAGCUGCUGAUUUGGCGUCAAGUAGAGGACAUAAAGGGAUUGCUGGAUAUCUGGCUGAAGCAGAUUUGACUAGUCAUCUCUCCUCAAUGACUAUCAAGGAAAACGUAAUGGACAGUGUUGCGGCAAUUCUUGCAGCAGAUAAGGCUAUUGAGACCGCUGAGGAGCAAAGUGUCGUCCCUCCAGAUGGAGGCAUGGAGGAGCAGCUUUCCUUGAAAGGGUCUCUGGCUGCUGUCAGAAAAUCAGCUCGAGCAGCUGCUUUAAUACAAGCUGCUUUUCGUGCUCGUUCAUUCCAACAGAGGCGAUCAACUAAAAACGAAGAAAAUUUUGAAGUUUCAACAGAUUUAAUUGCUCUCGCCUCUUUGAACAAGGCCCCUAGGAUGAGUCAUUUCAGUGAUUAUUUGCAUUCUGCAGCUGUAAAAAUCCAACAAAAGUAUCGUGGCUGGAAGGGAAGAAAAGAAUUUUUGAAGAUCCGCCAUCGGAUUGUUAAAAUUCAGGCUCAUGUGAGAGGACAUCAAGUUCGUAAGCAAUAUAAAAAGGUAAUCUGGUCUGUCAGUAUUGUAGAGAAGGCUAUUUUACGGUGGAGGCGAAAGGGAGCUGGAUUGCGAGGUUUUCGUGCUCAAAAAGCUAUUGGAAAUGUGGAAAAUGAAAUUGGGAAAACAGAUGAGUAUGACUAUCUCAGACAAGGCCGAAAACAAAAAGUUGCUGGAGUGGAGAAAGCUCUAGCUAGAGUUCAUUCCAUGGUGCGUUAUCCAGAAGCUCGUGAUCAGUACAUGCGCCUGGUCAGUAAGUUCCAGAAAUCAAAGAUGGAAGAUGAAGGGAGCAGCAAGCAGUCACAAGUUCGAAGUUUUGAAAAAGAUACAACAGAGGAGGAUCCACUUGCACCCAUGAGAGACUGAUUAUUGACAUUUACAGCCAGUGACCAUUAUGUUUGGGCAGUUCAGCAAUCCCCAAUUGUUGUAAGUACAUCUGACAUGUCCUGUUUUUAAUGAUAAGUUUCUGUUUAAGGGGGAAGGAAAUAGGGUGUCAAAGAGAGAACAAAAGUUGUACUACAUGUAUAAAAGAUAUGGCAGGCAUUUUCCCUUGUACAACAGUUAUGAAAAUUGAGGAAAUGAGUGUUCAAAAUGGAACACUUCAACUACA